CAUCUCAGCUGGGCGCUAUGUUGGAUAUGUUAACGGAUCGUUGUGCAUUACUGGCACUGGUUAUGUAUUGUGGACAUCUGUAUCCCAGUUACAUGUUCUUUUUUCAAAUGUCAGCAGUGAUUGAUAUCGCCUCGCAUUGGCUUCAUUUUCACGUCACAUACCUGAUGGGCAAAACGACACAUAAGGUUAUAGUAGUUUUAAUAGCUUAUUGAAC